ACAUCUAGUAGUGGUAAGCCACAGAAAACAUUAAAAUGUCAUCCGCAAGACCUGACGAACACGGAAUACCUAGUGAAAUUAAAGAAAAUAUAGCUUCAUUUGAUACACAUUUAUCAGAGUUAGAGGCUGAGUUAAAGCCCCUCCUUUCUAUUAAUCGCAACGAGCUUACAGAUAAGUUGGAGCCCAUUGAUGCUGCUAAAGUAGAUUUAGUUGCUGCAUAUGCUAUCAACUCCUUGUUCUGGAUGUACAUGAAUGUUUGUGGCCUAAACCCAAAAGAACAUGCAGUGAAGCAAGAAUUGACAAGAAUUCAGAGCUACAUGCAGAGAGUAAAGGAAAUUGAGGACAAAAAGAAAGCUCCUAAACUUAAUAAAGAUGUCAGCAAAAGAUUUGUGAAAAGUGCUUUAUGGCAAGCAGCUCAGAAGAGAGAAAUCUCUGCAAAUACAGAACCAUCCACAUCCCAACAAAGUGUGAAAGAGGGCUCAGGGGGAAAGAAACAGCGAAGAAAAUAACAGCAUUACUUUGUUUAGUUACUCUCAGUAUGUUUUGCUUAUGUGACUUAUAAAUGGAAUUUGGCCUAUCCAGACAGCAAACAUUGAAGGGUUGCAGAUAGUUCUGGAAUUGUGUUCAAUUGCAUCAUGUACACACCACAUUUGUACAGAUUUACUGAUUCAGUUUGUAAGAAAUGUUUUAUUUUCUCUAAAGCAAACAUGUACAUAAAGAUGUAAAA